UAUAACAGUUUUACCAUCUGGUAACACUGCCAGAUAAACUAAAAAAAUCGAAUUGAUUUAUUUAAUUCCACGGAAGACGCGACGUUGACUGAAAAGCUAAGACAUGUCCAAAGAAAAGGAGGACGAGUGCGACAAGCACAAACAGCAGGCGACGGCGGACGCCAAGUCCACGUCGAGCGAGGAUUCCGAUGAGUACCAAUCGGCCGGUGAGGGCGAGGAUGGAGACGGCGAUGGUGACGGUGAUUCCCCAGCGGAGCGCCCGCCUGACAAAACCAGCCCCACGGUCGCCGUUGCGCCCACAGCAAAGGCAGCAUCGCCACUGCCCACUGUGAAGCCAGCAUCCGAGGCCCUGGACUUUCCUAUGCACCGGAGUGUUUUCGAGGACGACAUCAAGUCGCUGCAGCGACGACUUCUAUUGAGCACGGCCCAAGACGAAGUGGGUAGAAAGGAUAAGCACGGCAAUACGCCACUCCAUCUGGCCGUAAUGCUGGGCAGAAAGCACGCUGUCCGUUUGCUUCUGGCCCAAAACGCCCCCGUAAAGAUCAAGAACAAUGAGGGCUGGUCCCCGCUGUCCGAGGCCAUUAGCUACGGCGACCGCCAGACAAUCACCCAGGUGCUGCGAAUGCUAAAGCUGCAGUCCCGCGAACACAUGGAGAGUCGGCGCGAGAAGCUGGUCAAUGCGCUGCGCCAGAUGCAGGACUUCUACAUGGAAUUCAAGUGGGAUUUUCAAUCAUGGCUGCCACUGGUUUCCCGCAUCCUGCCCUCGGACAUCUGCCGGCUUUACAAGUCGGGCGCCUCCAUUCGUUUGGACACCACACUGGUGGACUUCAAUGAUAUGCGUUGGGAGCGAGGGGACAUAUCGUUCUUGUUUAGAGGUGAGGCGCCGGCAAGGGAAUCGCUGGUUCUGUUGGACAAUGAGCAGGAAUGCUUUCAGCGGCUGCGAUACGAGGAAUCAGACAUGGAGGAUGAGGUGGAUGUGCUCAUGUCGACCGAUAUACUGGCCACCCAGAUGUCCACCAAGACGAUUCAGUUCGCACGGGCGCAACGCGGAUGGAUAUUCCGCGCCAAUCGCAAGGAGCUCAUUGGGGGCCAAUACCAGUGCGAAAUUUACACCAUCCAGGGCUUAAUCCUGAAGCAGCGUAAGAGGCGGGAACACCUGUCACACGAGGAUCUACAAAAGAACCGCGCCAUUGUCGAGACUAUUACCAAGGGUGCCAGCCAGCAGCCGGAUACGCGUCGCUCCAGUCUAGGCAGCCAGCACACGGCCACGCCGCCGGAGACCAAUACACCAACGGCUCCGAAUGGCAUCUCACUGCCGGAGCUGCCGCGUCGCAGCUCGCUGCAGGCCCCGCCGCCUCCCACAGUCACCUGGCGACAGUAUCUCGAUGCGGAGGUCGGUAAGUGCCCGCAACUGGGUCGGACACCCGUGCACAAGCAAUCCAACAAGACGCUGCGAGCAACGGUAGCCAUGAGCAAGGACUUUCCACUUAGCGUGGAUAUGCUGCUGGACGUUCUGGAAGUCGUGGCACCCCUAAAACACAUCAACAAGCUGCGCGAAUUCGUCACGCUGAAGCUACCGACGGGCUUUCCCGUGAAGAUUGAGAUACCCGUACUGCACACGGUGACCGCCAAGGUGACGUUCCAAAAAUUCGAGUUCCGCGACAACAUCCCCGCCAAGAUGUUCGAGGUGCCAUCGCACUAUUGGGAGGAUGUGCGUCGCUUUCAGGACUUAUGACCAGGCGACGGAGAAGCCGCGCCAAAGGCCAAAGCAGCAACCGGCGGACCGACUGGAGCAGCGACUGGCGUUCAUGUCGACUUGAAUCGCAAUGCGUCCUCGCCCUCCAUUGCGGAGUUCGAUUGAUGAGGCGUCUACCGCGACACACGCCUCUCAUUCUGCCUGUCCGCCUGUCCCACACAUUUCAUGUCGCGUUUAGUGAUCACUCCAGCAAAAGUCGGAGGAUACAGCUCGAACGCGGGCGGCUUGUUUAUAUUGCCACCCUAAUUGGUGGGGUGCGGUCCCAAAACAGCUGCUCCACUGGCGAGGAAUCCAGAAGAUCACUUUCCCAAAUUGCCUUUCGUAUCUGCCGAUAAUCGCGGCGGUACGAAGGUAAAACUAAAUGUCCAAUCUGCAGAAUUGCUUGCUGAUAGCCACGUUGACAGCAGCAAUUUGCUAAGUUUUUAGUUUGUAAGUGAUUAGAUGUUGUCCAAUAUCCGAUCGUUUCGCAAAACGUUUAUCAUUUUAUUUAUGUCCAUACCCCCUUUCCGUGUUUAGUGCAAUUUCAUACAUAGUUUUAAGGUCAACUGGGAAAGAAGACAGAUGUUUGUUUUCGAAAUCGAAAAAAAAAGAAUCCACGUAACCGCUUGAAGAACGUUCAUCAAACAAUUGCGUUCUUCUUCUACUUAGGCUAUGUGUACUAGAGAAUCGAUCGCAAAACCAUUUCCAUUUCGCCUUUCCUCGCAAUAGUCUCAAGUAUUUAGAAGUGCGCAAAACUGAGACCAGCAGCUUCACAAAUCAAUUAUAAAUAAAUAUUUAUACAUACGCAUGUAACCAAGUAUUUAUUUAGUUCCAUCUUAGCCAAUUAUUUAUACUGCAAAGAGCGUCUGUACUUGCUUUGUAUUUGUUAAUCAACAAAACCAGCUAGCACCGAUUUAGUUUCGGUUCGCAUUGCUUUGCUGUGAUUUUGCCCUCUUUAAAACAAAAAAAAUAUGACUAAACACCACCAUGUAUUUAUGUAUGUAUAACUGCCAUUGCUUGCUUUUAUUCGGACACAAUUUUUUAUUUCGUUUAUAGAACUCCAAUCCAUUUAGGUCAAAUCAAGGCGAUAAUCAAAUGAAAUUGUUUUUAAACCGUAAUCCUAGAUCAAAACACAUCUUCACAAGAAUUCUGAUGUAAGCAAAAAUCAGUAUAUUUUACUAGGUAAGGGCAAUUUAUUGAAACAUUUAUAUUUAUACGUGGCCACCCUAACUGUAAUUGAACCGAGCAAUUGUAUACGCUCUAAAAAAAAUAAUUAUAUACACAAACUGUAAAUGUGCAAACCCAAGAGAAUUUGUGUUUUAUUU